AUGGCUAUCCCUCCAGUAGCGCGGACACAAAUAGACUUUGAUAGGCAAUUCCCCGUCUCCGUCUCCUCUCCGGUCUUGACGCGCUCGAACCCCGACAACUACACCGAUCAAGCCACUUUCCUCGAGCAACUUCAGCGAAACCCUCGCCUCCAGCCUUACGAUUUCUGGCCUCUCGUCGCCGACACGACCAUCAUCGUCCAACAUGUCUGCUCUGUCAUAAUCUUCAUCGUUGCCUUCGUCGCUAUCAUUCAAGAGCGCGUUACCCACGUCACACUCGUCAGCUACAGCUCUGUCCUCACCUUCCUCGGCUGGCUCGUCUGGGAGCGGUGGGUCGCAGACGCCGAAGACCGCGAAGAGGAGCACAUCGCUGCGGGCAAUCCCCCACCCACCACCACCCUCGCCCGCGGGGGCAGUCGACGCCGCACGGGCAGCAUCCGUCGCCGCGCGACCCUCCUUCAAGAGGCCAGGGCCAUCCCCACAGGCCUAGGUAUCACCACGACCAAGGAGAAUCUCAAUGCCGUAUCUGACCGGCUCCAAGAAUCCUCCGCCUCGGUCCACCGCGGUCACCCAAGCGCAACAUCGCUCGCCCAGAACGGCGCGAAUGGCGCCAACGGCACCCUGUCUGUGACUGGCGCCGCGCGCACCACCGGAACCGUCACGACCACGAUCCCCGAAUCAGCGGCUCUCAUCUCCUCCAUCCUCCUUGGCCUCUCCCCCAUUCUCAAGUCCCUCACCCGCUCCACAUCCUCCGACUCCAUCUGGGCCAUGUGCUUCUUUCUCCUCACUAUCAACAUCCUCUUCUUCGACUACUCAGGUGAUGUCUCCGCGGCCAACUUUCCCGCCUCUCUCUCCACAAACGCCGCCCUCAUGGCCUCCACCAUGCUUGCUUCCCGUCUACCCUCUACCGGUCAGGUCUUUAGCCUCACUGUCCUCUCCAUACAAGUCUUUGGCCUCUUCCCCGUCUUCCGUCGUCACGCCCGUCACAGGCCAUGGAGGUCCCACGUUCUCCAGACGGCCCUCCUCGUCCUCCUCGCCGGCGCCGGCGUCGGCUUCGUCCUCGGCGACCCCGCGGGCCCCGGCCCUCGCACCGCCAGGAACUGUCUCAUCGGCAUGGCAAUGGGUGCUGUCGCCGCCGCCAUUGCCAUGGGUGGAUGUAGCUGGUGGCUCAUUGGUCUGCAAAAGUACAAGAAUGAGAUAAACGGACCCUGGGACGCAGCGCGGCCGGUGAUCAUCAGCCGGAGGCGUUAA